AUGUCUGUUGAGCGCACGUCAGAUACUGACACGAUCAAGCUUCAAGUCCAAAGAAAUUACAACAGACUCAAAGGAGCUCUCUACAAUGGCGGCAUACAUCCUGCAACUCUAGACUUCCUCAUGCACGGCGAACACAAUCAUGCCUUCGACCAGAAGCCCGCAUCCCAGAACACGUCUCCCACUUCACGCUGGAGUACAUCGGCCGAGGACAGGUUCGAUACGUAUGGUUCAUACAACUCUUCGCCCGAGAAGUACGACCCUUCCAAGCGUAAGCCCGCUGGUACGGAGUCGUCCACGUCCAGAGUUGUCCAUAUCCCAACUCUCGUCAGCCGAGUCCAGACUGCCUUGUCCGUCGUCAAACCCGGCGGUCACGAAACGAUGUCGCCUCCAUCAACUGGAGACGAGGCUGUGAGCAACAUUGAAAGUCUCGGUCAUGAAUAG